AUGGACCUGAGCCUGCGAGAUGCUCUGGGUGGGGGUGGAGGUGGGGUCCCAGGUGGAGCCCCUGCUGAGCCUCUUAUAAAAAGAGACUUCAUGAGUACACUGGAGAAAGAGAGCUAUGACGACAAGGUGGGAGAGACUAUGACCAAAAGUGACUACCGACCUUUACUGGAUGGCAAGGAUGCAAAGAGUGGAUUUGGGAUUACUUCAUCAGUGAUGUUACCAGGUGGACGCCAAGACCCACCUGGACAACCCACUUUCACUUCUGACUACUUGUCUGGUCCUAUGAUGAGUGGAAUGACCGACCAGUGGAGCCAAAAUAAGGCAAAGGACACAAGCAUGCCUGACUCAUUUCUAGGAUUCUCACAGUCUGGAAUGAGUGGAAAUAUGGGCUCCAGCAUGCCACCUUUCCAGACUAAUGUGAACUCCAAUUUAGGCCAGAUGGGGACGGGAAAAGCUACAGACACACAGAAAAGUUCCGGCCUCUUUGGCUCAGAGCCCCAAAUCAUCAGUAAUACUAGUGGAAACAACCCAUUCAAACCAAGUGAUCCAUUUUCUUCUGGUGGUCCUGGAAUCCAAUCCUUGGAUCGCAGUCCAGCUCCCUCCCUCUCUCCCAGCGGCUCAGUGGAUGACAGCAGCCCUACCUCCUCCACUUCCGAACCUCUCAGUCCUGAGCGAUCAGGGUGUGAGGCUGGCAAGCAACAACAGAGAAGGAAGAAGAAGAAGAGGAAGGGGCGUGAUGAGGUGCACAGCUUCUUGGAUGGCCAGGAGAGCAAUGGCCAUUCCCACAAACAUGACUUACAAGUUAAAGGUGCACUGGAGGUAGAAGAUGAUGAGGAUGAAGACAAUUGGGAGUGGGAAAUCAGAGAGAGUGGCGCAGGAGGAAGAGUGAAAGGCAAGAAGCUGAAAAGUCGGGCAAGACUUCCAGAGGAGUGGGGAGCACCUCAACAACCAGUGUCCCCGAUCCCGGCGGCAGUAGCUCCGACCUUGGCUUCAGCAACAGACUUUGACCAUUUGGACUCCAAAGCGCUAAAAUCGAACCCGAAUCAAGGUUUCUCCUCAUCUAUGCAAAUACCAACAAGUUUGACUGAUCGCUCACACGGCAGACUUUCAACAGAUUCAUCGCCUCAACCUAUUAGCUCAUCUAGCAACACUACCGAUAAAAAUAGUGCAGUUGGCGGUGUUACUGGGAAUUUAGCAUUGAUGACAGGAGACAAUCUGAGCCCAGUCUCUCAGACGUUCUCUUUUUUAGAUUCAGUCCUCCAGACACCACCAGGUACUACGCCUGACUCACAGAGCACCACACCUAUUACGAACACAACCGCACUUGCCUCAGCUGCCUUGCCCACACCAUCAGAAGUAAUUACCCCUUAUUUGAAAACUUCAUCUGGCUUCUCCCCCUCCAAGACCAUUUCAGAUGUCCCUCCAACCUUUGCCCUGUCUUCAAAACCCUUGCCUUCAUCUGCCACAGAAAUCCAAUAUCCUAAAACUGCCCUUGAAUCAGUCCUCAACGUUGACGCUAAGCCCUUUGUACCUUCAGCCUCACGCACAGCCCCCACAACUGCUCCCAGUCCAGAUUCCCCCAUUACGGUUGUAAAAGCAGCAACAGCCUCCUCCGGAAUACCUAGUGGCACUGCAGUUAUACAACCUGGCUGUCCUCCAUCCACUAUCAGUGAACCUAUAAAGCCAACAUCUUCAGACACUUCCACUAAAGCUGCAGCCACCCCCACUCUUUUCACCACACCUGCAGUCCCUACCUCUCUCCUUACACACUCCAAGCACCAGGAGUCCGCAUCGCCACUGCUACCCCCACUGGAAGUGAAAGUUGACAAGGACAAGCAGGCGAAGACAGACAUCCUGUCCGGCAAAACAGAAAAGAUGGAAGCCUUUGACAAGAAGGAGAUAACAGAGAAACAGAACAAAGACAUCUGUCCUGACAAGAACCUGAAGCCUGAGAAGAUUCUCAAAGAUGAGGAAAAGACUGACAAGAUGAAUGCUGAGAAAAAUAACAAGAUCAGUGAGAAGACAGAGAAGACGGACAAGCCAGAGAAGACCAACAAAGAAGAUAAGAAAGAAGAGGAAAAGAAGCCGAUUGAGAAGAAGGAUGAGAAAUUAGGAAAAGGAGUGGCCAAGUCUCCAACAGGCAAUGGAAACAAGACUAUGCCAAGCCCGGACAACAAGAGCAAGACUGAGGUGGUUUCCACCAAAACAAACUCAUCCAAAUCUCGCCCAUCCACCCUUCAUACCAAUGGCGAAACCACUUCAGCCAAACACCCUUCCCCAACUACGACCCCAGCUAAUAAAAAAAGCCCUCUGCCUAAGGCGGCAACGCCCACUGCUGCCAAGAAGCCACCAGUGGCACCUGGAUCUGCAAAAACUCCAGAAAGUGGAGCAGCAGAGAAACGCCCAGCUGUUCAAAAGGCUACUCCCACAUCCCGUUCAGUUGCCAAUAAGAACAAUUCCUCUGCUCCUACUGGGACCAAAACCAUGGCAACCAAGAAUGACAAGAGUGACAACAAGUCCGGGGAGACUAAGAAAACCAAACCUAUUGCCCGUCCACGUCCAACCUCCACCACCUCUCCAACAAUUCCGUCUAACACAACCAAUGGUGAAGCAGUUCCCGCACAACGCCGUCGGGUCAUAACCAAGCCUCCUGUCCCUAAGCAAAGCGCUCUGGAAAAGAAGCCAGCAGUGCCCCGUGCUCCUCGUACCCUCCGGCCCAUCAAUGCCCCAACACCAGACCUGAAGAAUGUCCGUUCCAAGAUUGGGUCCACCGACAACAUUAAGUACCAGCCUGGCGGAGGGAAGGUGUCUUCCAUACAGAACAACAAGACAGCAGACCCCUCCAAUCCUUCCAAGGCCAGAGUUCAGAUAGUGCACAAAAAGCUGGACUUCAGCCAUGUCACGUCUCGCUGUGGCUCCAAGGACAAUAUCAAACAUGUCCCUGGAGGUGGCAAUGUGCAGAUCCUGAACAAGAAGGUCGAUGUGAGCAAGGUCACAUCCAAGUGUGGCUCCAAGGACAACAUCAAACACAAGCCAGGUGGUGGGGAUGUCAAAAUUGAGUCUCACAAGAUGAACAUUAAGGCAAAGUCUAAGAUUGGCUCCCUGGACAACGUGGGACAAGGCAAUGGACAGACAAAUGGACACAAGGAGGAGAGAGCAGAAGAGAAGACACCCUCACCCCCAAACAGCACUCCAAGCACUGGCCCGGCAGGAGUUGCCAAGGCAACAGUAGCACCAGGAGGUGUUGCAAAGGAAAAUGGGGUUAAAGAGCCCACUCUUACUCCUUUUGGAGGAGAUGGAUUGAGGGAUCCCCAGAGUAUUGACAGGCGCAUUGCUGAGAAAAAUUGA